AUGCCACGCCUCAGUUUGGAGACUAUCGCCCUAAAACGAGUCAAUGACGACUUGGGAGCCGCAGCCGCAACCUACAAAUCUAGUGGUGAAGGUGAAGUCGACGGCUCUACUGGCGGCCAUAGCCCACCUCGCGUUGCAAUCCUGGUUACAACUGUGGCUGCCGUCAUCAUCGUUGGUAUGUCACUAUUCUGGUUUGUUAGAUGGCGAACCAGGAAAGCGCGGUACCUCUCUAAAUAUACCCGCCGUCAAACUUCAACCAGAACUGGAAAAUCUGAAAUAAGCCUGAAGAAGCAUUCUCCGCCACCAACAGGUAAAUGGUCGAAGCCAACCGCAAAAAGUGGCUUAGAUUGGAAUCCAGAAUCAACAUUUGCAAAGCCAUCUGCUACGAAACCAUACGUGGGAAAACCAUACGCACAAUCACAAGCAAUGCUCUCUUCUUCAAGCAUCAAGAAUUUCUGGCAUAACUCCAUAGGGGCAAGUCGAACUCCGAAGCUGCAUGUUAGGGGUAAGCUCUCCUCCAGCUCAAAGGAACUUGAAGGACUACCUAUACACCACCGAGGUGAUAGUGGUGGCAAUCCACUCCUCCGUGAAACCGUAACAGAAAUCGAAAUGCCACCAAAGGGCUUCCAGAGGGCACUGAGUACUCCUUCAUCCUCCAUAUUCCAUCUAGAUCGACCUUCGGUGAGAGACAGGCCGCUGUCAACUACUUCCACCUUGGAUCAAACACCCCAUAAUGCAUCUACUGCCCAAACUGGGUCGAUGGUAUCGAAAUAUCCAUGGUCACCAACUACGCACAUAACCCCGAUCGAACCAUCCUACAACUCGAUGACAUUCUUUAACCACCGAGAAUCAUACGGCAGCAGUAUUCAUAAUAUCGAAACCACGGCAACAACCACGACGGACCAUCCACGCUCUCAUCACCAGAAUAGCUAG